CGGCGCACCGCGACCCAAACCCUUCCCGCACCGGACAAUGGCGACGCCGGCGACGGAGCCGGAGGUGUUCGACGUCGUCAUCUUCGGGGCCUCGGGCUUCACCGGCAAGUACGUCAUCCGCGAGGCGCUCAAGUUCCUGCCCCCCAACGCCUCCCCGCUCCGCACCCUCGCGCUCGCCGGCCGCAGCCGGGACCGCGUCGCCGCCGCGCUCCGCUGGGCCGCGGCCCCCGGCCCCGCACCCGACGUCCCCAUCCUCGUCGCCGACGCCUCCGACCCGGCCUCCCUCGCCGCGCUCGCGUCCCGGGCCCGCGUCCUCCUCUCCUGCGCGGGGCCCUUCCGCCUCUACGGCCACCAGGUGGCCGCGGCCUGCGCGGAGGCCGGGGCCGACUGCCUCGACAUCUCCGGCGAGCCCGAGUUCAUGGAGCGCGUCGAGGCGGAUCUCCACGAGAUCGCCGCCAGGAACGGGUCGCUCAUCGUCUCCGCCUGCGGGUUCGACUCCAUCCCCGCCGAGCUCGGCUUCUUCUUCAACUCCAGGCAGUGGGAUCCGCCUUCCGCGCCCGUCAGCAUCGUCGCGCACCUCAGCCUCGAGUCCGACAAGAAGAUCGUCGGGAACUUCGCCACCUUCGAGUCCGCCGUCCUCGGCUUCGCCAGCGCCAGCAAGCUGCAGGCGCUGCGCCGCUCCCGCCCUAGGCUAGCCAAGCCCAGAAUCCCAGGGCCUCCACCUCCCACAGGACCACUGAUUAAGCAUGACAAGGCACUAGGACUGUGGGUGAUGAAGUUGCCUUCUGCUGACACAGUGGUUGUGAAGAGAACCCUAUCAAAGGUGACCCAGCAUCCCGAGGGCCUUCCCGGCGUGGAAGAAACCCCAGAUUUCGCCGAGCGCAGGCAGGAGUUCUGGUCCUCCGUCAAACCAGCACACUUCGGCGUGAAGAUCGGCACACGUUCCAUCCUGGGCGUUAUCCCGAUGAUCUGUACCGGGCUGUUCAUCGGCAUUCUUGGGGGUUUCUCCUUUGGCAGGUCUCUCCUGCUAAAGUUCCCUGCGCUCUUCUCCAUGGGAUGGUUCAGAAAGAGCGGGCCGACGGAGGCAGAGGUCAGCAGCGCCUCCUUCAAGAUGUGGUUCGUCGGGCACGGCUACGGCGACUCGACCCGCGCGGCGGGACGUGGAGGCAAGCCGGACAAGGAGAUCGUGACCAGGGUUUCGGGGCCGGAGAUCGGGUACAUCACCACCCCGAUCGUACUCAUCCAGUCCGCCCUCGUCCUGCUGAGCCAGCGAGGCAACCUGCCGAAAGGCGGGGUGUACACUCCAGGCGCCGUCUUCGGCCCCACGGAUCUCCAGAAGCGCCUCGAGGAGAAUGGCCUGUCGUUUGAUGUCAUCUCGAGGAGGACCCUCCCUUGAGAUUAACGGGCAGCUCGCGAGCUCCUGCUUCCUCAACCUGCUCUCUGGUGUUCCCAGACAAUGACCCUGUUCCGCUCCAUCGUUAUACGGAUGGAUGUCUAGCAAGCUGGCAGCGAUCGAUAGCCUUAUACUAUUUCUGAAGAAACGUAGUCUCUCCUGUGAAGUAAACAGUAUUACUAUAGCACGUGAAUAAUGAAUAGGAUGUGGUCGUGUAAUGUGGAUCACUGAGUGUCUGGAUAUAAGGCAAGGAAUGUUGUCUACGUGAGUUCCAACUUCAAUGAUGAUAUGUAACCUGCGUACAUCUUUGCUUGAA